AGUCGAGUUGCUGGAAGUGCUGAAAGUUUGUGUUUCCGACGCAACUGGUGUGCUCGCAGCAGGGGAAGCUCGGUUUAAUAAAGCUUAUCUGCAGGAUUUCUACCCGAGAAACUCGGUUUAAAUGUGUGGAGAACCUUCCCGGGAGCUCCGUGUGAUGAGGAUAUCAGCUCGGCUGCUGGAUUCAUCAGCACUGCUGGAGUAACAGAUGAUCACUGGGCUUCUUUUCCGCAGCUCGAGGAUGUUCUGAGUGUCGGUCUCACGCGCCCAUAUGGAGCUGUGUGAGGCUGUCUGAAUAUCUGUCAUGGCAAUGAAAAGGCUUCCACUACCUGAACUCAUCAUUACUGCCGUGGUCUUUGUAUUUGGUGUAGCCGAUUGUGUGGGUCCGACGGUGUGGGGGAAACAAGGUGGUUCAGCUUUACUGAAGUGCAGCCUGGCUCCAGCUGAAGGCUCUUCAGCCCCUCUGCACGUGGUGGAGUGGGUCCGCCAGGGCUACGACAUACCAGUCCUCAUCAAAUUCGGAUCAUACGCACCACGAGUGCACCCCAGCUAUGAAGGUCGAGUGUCUCUCUCUGGUGGAACAACUCUAAAGGUGAUGGGCUUGGUGCUAGAAGAUGAGGGCUGGUACGAGUGUCGCAUUCUGCUGCUGGACAAACCAUCUGAUGAGACACGGAAUGGGAGCUGGACGCUGUUGUCGGUCACAGCUCCGCCUGUCUUUGCUGAAGCUCCGCCUCCAGUCACAGAAGCCUUCGUUGGUAGACCAAUCACGCUGAAGUGUGUCGCCCGUGGCAACCCUCCACCCUCCAUUAAAUGGCAUAAGGAUGGAGUUCUAAUGAAACAGAGGGGCAGUGUAAAGAUUGUGAAUGGAAGUCUGUCGGUUGGCUCAGUGAGCAGACAGACAGCAGGACGAUAUCAGUGCCAGGCCUCAAACAGUGAAGGAAAUGAGACUCGCACCACACAGCUCAGUGUCAAAGGUCCUCCUGUUAUCAUAACCCCCCCAAAGGACACGGUUCUCAACAUGUCCCAGAAUGCUUUGCUGCAGUGCCAGGCAGAGGCGGACCCUCCGAACAUGACGUAUGUGUGGAUGAGAGAGGAAGAGAAUGUGUACCAUAUAGAAUCUCUAAAGUCUCGUGUGAAGGUGAUGGUGGACGGCACUCUUCUUAUACCCAGUGUAAUCCCUGGGGAUUCUGGGAACUACACCUGCAUGCCCACUAACGGCCUUCCAGCUCCACCCUCUGCAUCAGCCGUCCUUACUGUGCAACACCCUGCGCUGGUGACUCAAAUGCCUGAUCAGACCUUCCUCCCGACGGGGAUGAGUGGGGUGAUCUCCUGCCCACUGGCCGCUGAACCCCCGCUGCUCAGAGUGGACUGGACUAAAGAUGGGAAAAUGCUGGACCUAGGAGCUUAUCCUGGAUGGACACUGACCUCAGAAGGGUCCAUUGUGAUAGCAACAGCUAAUGACGAUGCUGCUGGUGUUUACACCUGUACACCUUAUAACAGCUAUGGAACAAUGGGCCAGUCUAAGCCCACCACAGUCAUCUUACAGGAUCCUCCGUCUCUGCGGCUCUCUCCCCGUGAGGAGUACCGGCAGGACGUGGGCAGGACCCUACUUAUUCCCUGCCAGGCUGAUGGAGACCCCCCACCUAAAGUCACCUGGACCAAAAUUGGUUCCUCUACUCGUUCUCUGUACUCUGUAGCAGUGAAUGGCUCUCUGCUGCUGCAGCCUCUCAGUAAAGAGCACUGUGGACAGUGGGAGUGCAGUGUGGCGAACCGUGUAGCCACCAUCACAUCCAGAACGACAGUCUUAGUGCUGGGCACCAGUCCACAUGCUGUAUCCUCAGUGUCUGUAGAAGUCAGAGUGAAUCAGGCCAACAUCUCCUGGGAGCCUGGAUUUGAUGGAGGUUUUACACAGACAUUUACCAUCUGGCUAAAGUGUGCAUGCUCAGAAGGGGAUCAGCAGGAGUGGCAGUCAGUCCCUGGACCGUCCUCUGGCACCAGCCUCCUCGUCAGUGGCCUCUUUCCGUCCACAGAGUAUCAAUUCAGCGUUCUGGCUCAAAACAAACUAGGCAGUGGCCCGUUCAGUGAAAUCACCACCGUCAGAACUCUGAAUGCACUUCCUAUGGUGUCCGGGCUGGAGCCACCGACACUGCUGUCCUUCAAUCAAAGCUCUGAGGGCGUUUAUCUAUGGUGGGCAGCACCGUCAGCUCAGCAGCCGCCAAUCGACAACUUCAUCCUCCAGUCACGUCUCAAAGAGGGGGUGUGGCUAAACUUAGAUGAGGACAUCAGUGUCAAUCAGAGUGAAAUGCUUGUUCUGGGUUUACAAAAGAACUCUAACUAUGAGCUAAGACUUCUAUCUCGCCGUGGGGAGCAGCUGAGCUUGCCCAGUCGGUCCAUCAACGUGUCCACUGUGGGCUUGGGUCCGACUAGUUCUCGCCUCCUGGAGUUUGUUCCCCAGCCACUCCUGGCUGGAUUAAUGGGCGGAAUGGGAUUCCUAUGCCUCGCACUCCUGUUGGCUUUAGCCACGGUAUGUGUGAUUGGCCACAGGAGACGCCAGCGACGCAGAAAGAGGAUGGAGGACAUUCCUCCUGCUUUGCAUAAAAGCCCAUCUGUGAAAGCUGGCUUGGCUCCUGGCAGCCCUGACAGCGCCUUGAAACUCCUUCCAUCUCGCCCCAUCUCCAGCUCCUCCUCCUCUUCAGACCACUCCUCUUAUAGCAAGUUCAGCCACAGUGACUACCCUGGCCAGAGACAGCAGCUUCUGCCCUGUGCCCACCCUCCCUCCCACUCCCUACCUGAGAGUCAUCUUCACAAGUCCCCGAUCUCCAGUGUGGAGUUCAUUCACCGUGGCCCAGAUGGCCGCUUUGUGGUCGAACCUUUUGAAGAAAUUAGCACUUCAGCUCCUGCUGGACACAUGAAACCAAGGCAAGAACUUGCCCAGUCAUUGGUCAGAGCUGAGGAUGCCGUGAUUCGCAAAUCUCAGUCAAUACGAUCGUAUAGGGAUGAGAGACGUCAUCCUCCUUUCGUCCUGUCAGUGGACAUGCCAGCUUGUGGAUCUGACAUCUUUCCAUCUGGUAGAGUGCAAGCAAUGGCCAAACACCUUUCCCUGCGUGGCUGCUGUUCUCAAGAAGAGGAAUUUGCAAACAGGGCUCCAGACCAGUCAAGCCUUUUCUCAGAAAGCAGUGGUUCUGUGCUAUGCCCACAGUUGGACAAUAUGUCCCUGAAACGGGGCAGCACGCGUUCGACUGCCAGUACCCUAGUUUUGCAGAUGGAGCACGAAAGGGAACAGGGCAAUCUGAACCGCUGCCUAAAAUUGGCCCAAGAGAGAGAGGAACUGGAACGUGAGCUGCGCAAGUACUGUCUCAGUCAGGACACUGUCGUCCACUAUAGCAAGAAAGGGGGGUCACUCAGGGUUAAACAAAAGAAGGCCCCCGAGGUCAUGGAGGGGACAUUGUGGAAAGGUAGGGGAAUGGGAUCCUUGCAUAGUAAACAGUUGUCCAGCAGAGGUCACUGUCUUUCCAAUGACACCAAUAGUCUAGGAAUAAGAGCUUCUUCCUGUAUUCCGUGGGAGGCUACUCCUAUGAUGUCUACUAGUGACUUGGUACAGAGUGGCCAUGGCAGAGCUGGUGAGUGCUUGGAGGACUCUCAUUUGAUAUCAGUUCACCGGAGAUCCAGAAGUCUGGAACGAGGGGAGCAUCAGAAGUCCCAUACUAAUGACCGGAGGCGGAGACGAACCAUGAUUGAAGGUGCCCCUGUAUGUGUUGAGGGUGAACUCUUUUAUCCCACACUGGAAAGAGCUCAUUACACUGCGGAGGGCAGCCUGAAGAUUCCAGGGACCUACAGUCACAAUGAACACCGUAUUGUCCCCAGUGUGAGUAACUCAUUAGAUAAGCAGCAGGAGAGGAUCAGAGGGCAGGCUGGCCAUGCUGGUGAUUAUGUGGAGAUGUCUGUGGAUGAGCCAGAAGAGCAGACUCCACUCACAAGGUCCAUGAUAGACUGCAUUUGUGAUACACUAGAUUAUCAAAGACCUAGUUUAUAUCAGCUAGAAAGAGAGAGUCAGAUGGAAAAUGAUUCAGGCUACAAAACUAUUCGAAGAGGCUUAAGGAGGGAUCUGGGGAAGCUGAGUGAUCAGUCAAGCAGAACCUUGCCUUCCCAAAGGCAGACUCUCCACAAAAGUCUUAGCGUGGGUUCCCAGCAUGAGAAUCACCACAAGAGUACCCCUAGUUUGGACUCCAAAUUGUACAAGGAGCAGUUCUUGACCCCCGAUGCCUGGAUCGACUCACUGAGCUCCUCUCCUUUUACGUGUCGUCCUAGUUCAGAGCUACAGAAGCACCAUUUCAUUCCCAACAAGAAAACUGAUUCACAGGUGCCUUCAAAAAUUGAGCAACAAGACUCCCAUCCUCAGCCUGCCUCUAACUCCCUCGGUGUCUCUACCUUGGACCCCCACCAGCACCUAGACUCCAUGCAUCACAGUCCAACCACCUUGCCACUAGAGGGCUCCAGCUGGUCCCACUGCCACUCCUCACUAGACCAAAUGAGCCAGAGACAUGACGAACAGGAGGAGGAAGAUGGGCCAGAGGUGGAUGUGGAGAUCCGAGGGUACCGGGACAUGCCGGAACCUGAAGGGAGCUGCAGGAGCUAUGCUAGCCAGAGCAGCGGCAGGGGGAGCCUGGAUCAUCCCAGCAGCAGGCAGUCCCUAUCUCUCAGCCCCCCUCUUAUGAGCUCCCCUGAGACCACAGAGGAGAGUGACAGAGAUGACACAGCCUCGCACAAGCAGACUUUAAAGGAAUGUCCCAGGAGAGCCUCCGUGGAUGAAAACUAUGAGUGGGAUUCUCACUAUGUCUCCAUGCACCCUGCGGACCCGAAAGCUUCAGUCAGCACAGACGGCCUGGAAAGAAAGAUCCGGAGCGAGGAAAGGCAGAGGAGUCAUGCCGUGGACGACAGCAGGCCGGGCUUCAAAGAUGAGAAGAAAGGUCUUUUCCCCUCAGUCAGUUUGGCGGGUUCUGUGCCAGUGAGUGUUGUCCCCAGCUGUGAAGAGACUGCCCUGGCACAGGACAUCCUGCAUGGCUCCACGUGUUACCCAGACCCAGAGCCGGAUGCAGUGUUAUUCUGAGCUUCCACAGUAAGGACAUUUAAAAUUAUCUUCUCAAGCAGAAACAGAAGCCUGGGGAGCACUGCUGUAGUCCUCACACGCCCCAGUGGACUGAACAUUACUGGAAGUCGAUGGACUCUUUUACUUGCAGACCCAGAAAGCAUGUCUUCCUUUCUGUAGCUGAAGAGACUUUCACGCUGCAUGACGUUCAGCAGGAUUUUGGCUGUUUGUACGGCCUCUCAGUGUUCAAAGCACUCGUGUUGAGAGUCUGGUGGCAUAUCAAGGAGAAUGCUUUAGCAGAGACCCCCCCGUCAUCGUAAACAGUAAGCUGACUGCUUGCUGAGAUCAGUGACUGCUUUGUAAUGCUGAUAUACGAUGGUUGCAUUGCUGGAUUUUUUUUUUGACAAAUCCAGCUGCCCACGCUGACAUCUGGAUCCAGAGUCAUUUAUCCUGAAUCUGAUAGAUUGAGAGAUGAAUGGUUGAUUGUGCCCACUUCACAUGGAACAAGGAAGUUAUUCCCAUCUCAUCAAAACUCACUUGAACCAUCUGUGGCUGACUCAUAUUUGAGACACGCUGCCUCUUUCCCAAAUUCAACUGCAGCUGUCCAUUCACCUGGAAGUUUGAGGCUUGAACGGGAUAGCCAUAGGUGUCUCACUUGAUCCAACCUCACUGUCUGGGUUAAGAUUAGAGAAGCAGUCUAUCAUGAGGUAAAUGCAUAUGAUGAAAGCCUUCCUUCUGACAGAUUCCCUCUGAGAAUGGCAUGACAGGACAUGUGUGGUGAUUGGUGCCACAGACUGUAUGAGUUAGCAGAUUGUAUAGCAUAAAAGUGCCUUAAUGGAAAGUCCAUUAGCACAUCAGAGGACAGCAAUCACACCGGGGAGUAAUUGCCCUUCCCAAAAAAGUUCACAUGAAGGAGAUUGGAGUGAAUCAAAGACAGGAGUUCGUUACAGAGGAAACUUCUCUACACCUUGCUUGUACUGAUCCUGUCAGGCUCUUGUAAGCAUUUUCUAGGACCGCACGAUAUGGACAGAAUGCUGGCGUUGCGAUUGCUGUUAGUAGCGAUGUUAAUAAUUAAAUGAUUUACUGUUAGCUGACAGUUACAUGAAUGUUUGACCAGUGCUUCUGAUUUUAUAAGUUAAUUUAAUUUCUGAUACAUGAUUGAUAUUUGAAUAAGUGGGUUUAUUUAACUUGAGGAUUGUUUUUAAUUGUACGCAUGAGGGCACAAGAGCACAACUUGUUCCAGUAACUGACUGAAUGAUGCACAGCUCUGACUCUUGACUCCUGUCCAUCUAGUUAAUGGACUGAACUCCUCAUCUCCAUUUAAUUUUAGCCAGUAAUGCUACAGCCAUUGAUAAAGGGAUAUUGCAGGGAUUAAACUAUCACCAUCAAAGCUGAAAAGCAGAGAUCUAUCAAUGUUAUAUAGAUUUUUACUUAAAUUCUACACAUGAACUUCAAGCUAACCCCAAGCUAGGCCAUAUAUGUUCAUAGAAGGCUGCUUUUUUAUAAAAUAGAAAAAAAACAACCCUAAAACAUUGUUUAUAUAAAGCCCAGUGAUAUUUUCAUGGGUUCUAUUCAGGAGUUUAGGUUUGUCGUUUAAUGUUUAAUCACAAACUAAUAAAUUGACUUAUGUUGGAUUAUAUCAACGCCUAAAUUCAUCAGAACACCCACUGUGAUUGGUCACUAGCCUAAUUUGCAUAUUCCAACCCACUGUGAUAUCAGUAUUGCAAAGUUCAUUAUCGUGAUAAUGACCAACAAACAGUAUAUCGUGCAGCCCUAGUGUAUACCCUGACUUGCUAUAUGCUUAAGCUGUAUUUUGGUAAAUCAGUCCCAAAAUAGAUUUUUAAGGUGGCCUGAGGUCUCUGCACAGUUGAUCCUAUAAGAGCAGCGAAUUACACCAAUUUAUUUGGAGCCAAUCUGAAAGCACAUAGUCUGCCAAAGGCAUAAUUCUUUUAUAAUGACACUGGAUCUGGAACAAAGCAUUAAAUGUCAGGCCAAUUUUCAUAGGAGCACACUCAUCUGAACUCUGUGGCUGCGGCCUCAGUGAGCUAGAGAUACGGCAGACAUUUACAUGCUUUUUAUACCUGCCGUUGAUACUUUGAUAUAAGCUUAGGCAAUAGUGACGCCAGUGACUUCUUCAUUAGUGCUGAAGAGAAAGCCUAGUAGAAACAGAUGGCCUUAAUGAGAUCUUUCACUGGAGUCAAUAACAGAUAGUGGGAUGUUACAAUUAAAACAGGACUGGCAAAUUUGCUCCAGGGUGAGGAAAUGCCAUCAAAGCCCCAAGAAUGAGUUAGCAAACCAGUGCCACAGCUGCCCACGGCAUUUCAGAGUUUAUUGAGGUAAUAGCAGUGUUUUUUGGAAACCACUGUCACUCCAGUACUUAAAUCUGGCUUGCAACUUUUUGCUUUAGCUGGUUUAAAUGUGUAGAGAAAUACAUAAUUUGCUUAUUCAAGCUCUGCCCAUGUUUUCUUUCAAAGCAAUUGUUGCAAGUUGGACAAGCUUUAGAGAAUGUUGACAAAAAUGCUGUUUGAUCUAAUGAAUUUGGGUUUGAGUUCACAUUUACUACAUAGCGUUGAGUUGCCAGUUCAAAAUGGCCUGCGACGUUGUAGUCAGAUUGGAAAUUUGCCACUAUGCUAAUGUGGGGGUGGGCAAUUUGAUGAUACUUAUAAUCAGUUAUCAAGGCUAAAAAAGGUAACACUUCAAUUGAAGUGUGUCUACGUAACACAUUCACUGGACUACUAUGUUAUUUUACUGAUAGACAUUUUUUAAAAUAAACGUCUUCAUUUUUAUUUGGAAAACUAAAUAUAUUUUUAGUGAAAUGCCUCAUUUAUGGACAGCCAAAACAAAAUGACCUUGCUUCACCCUUUUAGUCAUUAAGUGCUUUGACACCUAGACACAGUUUGCUUAUACUUUCAACUUCUUUUUAAUGAUUUGUUUCUUCUUAAUCAUUUGUCUUUUGCAAUUUUAUUCUUUCUCAGUUUAACUCAAUAUCUUCUAUGUGUUAAUUAACCUAUAUUUAACUCUCUUGGGGUUCAAUGCUAGCACUGUUAGUGAUUUUCUUCCUGGCUUAUGGUAUUAAAAAAGGCACAAGUAUAAUUGUGCCUUGGUUAUCCUGUUUGAUUCACUUCUCUUUGAGUCUAAAUGUUGCACUGCUAUGCCAAGUAUUAAUAAAUUCUGUUUUGUCUUUACCUCAAAAGUGAUGGAAGCUAGCCAGACUGAAAUUCAUGUUAUGUAGAUCUUGAGAUUACAAUACAAAGUAGUCUACAUCUACAGCAUCUACAGGGAAUGGAUGAACAUCAUCACCCUGUAAAAUUGAGUGUCACCAUCACACUGAGAUUUAGUCAAACGAUUGUUCAUAACAUAUUUAUGAGUAAUUUACUGUCCAUAUAAUAAACGAACAUGCAAGUCAACAAAUGCUUAAAAAAAACAUAAAAAGAAGCUGAGUGUGAAAGUACUUAACCAAGCAUUGUUUUUUUGGUUGACCAGAAAUGAGGUGUUUUAUUGAAAAUUAUAUAAUUAAAAAAAACUUUUAUUUUGAAAAAGGCAUUCAGUAAAAUGACAUAGUAGUCCAUAUUAAUGGCAUAUAAACAUGUCUGCUUAAAAAAUGUUGAUUUGAAAUGUUGAAUGUUGAAGUGUUUAUAUAAGAUGCUAUGAAUGUUGAAUGUGUUAUGUAGACACCCUUCAAGUGAAGUGUUACCAAAGAAAUGUUGUGAUUUGUAUUGAGAAAAUAUAGAAAGUUAUAUUUGACAUUUUUUAAAUAUAAGAAGACACAUUCUGAUAAGGUAAGCUUAAAAAACGAUCUAUUCUAACAUGCAUACAAAACUUCUGACACCCCACAUCUUGACAGAAACUAAGAUGUGUCUGACAGUUUCUCAUUUGGCUGAAUGAGAUUUUUAGGAUCUGUAAAGCUUGUUAAACCCAGCUACAGCUAAAGAAUGAAUUUGUGGGCAGAGCAUCAGUAGGCCAGCUGAAGACCAGAUAACAGACGUCCUCUCUCCACUGUCCUGUUUCAUAUCUGACAGUCUUAUCUCAUCCUGUGCAGCAUCAGGAAAAGGGAGAUAAACCACUUAAGCCCUGUUAUUCCUAUUCUGAAAGAUUCUGCACCUGAACUACUUUUCUUUGUUUGUGUUUGUUUCCACUUUCAUCACUUUCAUUGACUUGUCUUUGUUCUUUUGGCAGCUACCUGAUAUGUUGAAUUGGGUGCACCUUUUUGUUCACAGCUUGCGGGGUGUGUUUGUUUUGAAAACGUCUGAUGUUCCUCAGUAUUGUUGCUCAGCUUAACAAGAUCCUGUUUUCCUGCUUUAAUGAGAGGCGCCGGCAGACGAUAACUGAGGGCCAUGUAAUGAGAAAUUAUGUGUAAAAUGAGUUUGAUUACCUGCUUCAUUGACUCAGGUAUUGUAGACGACGUCCAAUUGUUCUGGAAAAUCAGAUACAUGAUACACUUCUUCAGAUUUCAGCAGGCAAACUGCAGGAAAUAAUGAAAAUAUGCAGUUAAAUCAGGGGGGUUAAUUAGGUAUUAUGGUUUCUUCUAGCUUUUUUGGGCAGCUACUGUCAAUCCUGAGUUGCAUGCAUACUAAUAGGUUUACACUGCUUGUUUCAAUUUUUUUUGCUCAGGAAGCAGCGGACUGUGCAAAAUUAGGGAGAAUCCCUGCUGACUUCCUUUGAAAUUGAAAAACUCUUAAAAAGCACUUUCCUGAAUAUACUGCCUUUUUAGGUAGACCUGACAGCUGCAAAUAAACCAGCGUGAUUCGCUCAUCAUGUGUUUGUGAUUGAUAAGAAGCGUCUUAAGGCGAUCACGGCAGGUCCAGGACAUGUCUAGUUAACAGCAGGUUGCUGAGCCAUACUGUCAAAGUUGGCUACUUUGGGUGCUUUGGGCCGCACUGUGCAGUGAGCUGUCCAAAUCGUUGAGAAAGGUGGUCAUUUUAAUGUCCUGUGCAAUGCCAUGUCCUGUCUAUCUGUAUACUGACUGAAUGACAGAAUUGGGGUUGGGAGAGGUGAUGAUGCAGGCCAGAUGUGAGCUCAGCCCAAAAUUGCUUUUUCAUUGUUCUAUUUUGAAAUGCUAAAAUGGAAUUCAUAUCUGUAUCGAUUUAUUUUUAUCUGAAAUGCAUAUACUAUAAAAUAUGCUUUAUACUCUAGUAUGACCAAAGUAAUUGGCAUAUAAGAAAGAAGAGCAUAGCCCUACUAUUUUUAGAGAAACUGUCUGCUAUACAAUCAAGUUUAUAGAGAGUAUAGUUUUUUGCAGAUGAUAUUUCUGUACCAUUAUGUAUAUGAUGUGAAAUUUGUGUGAUGGUGUGUUUUCUUUGCCAAAAAGUGCAAAGCAGAUUUCAGUAACACUUGCUGUGUUCAUUAGGUUUACCUGACCCUACCUAGACUCACCACAACUGACAUAAACAUACAUGAACAGCUAUAAGGUUAUUCCAAUAAGAAUCAUCUAAAAUCAUAAAGCCUGCUUUUGUAAACUUUGGUAUCAAGUUGAUGUAAAAUUUGUUUUCAGACUUGUUUUGGGGUGAAAUCACAUAACAACAGAUAACGUUAUAACAGAUACUGGAGCUUAGUCUGAAUCACAGUGGCUUAAUUGCAUGCAGUAUAUGGCCAAAAGUAUGUGGACACCUGACCAUAACACCUAUUUGAGCUUGUUGGAUAUCCUAUUCCAAACCCCCCGCCCCCCCCUUGUGGCUAUAACUGACUCCACUCUUCUGGAACUUUAUAGUUGACACAGUGCAUUCCCGUAUGUAGUGUUUGCCUGGCAUCUGCCAAACUUAGCUUCAUCCAUCAGACUGCCAGAUAACGAAGUGUGAUUCGUCACUCCAGAAAACACAUUUCUACUGCUCCAGAGUCCAGUUGCUGCAUUCUUUACAUCAGUCCAGCCGACACUUGGCAUUGCGCAUAGUGAUCUUAGGCUUAUGUGCAGCUGGCCAUCCAUCAGAAUUUAUUUCAUGAAGCUCCUGAUCCACAGUUCUUGUGCUGAUACUGCUAUGAACUACUACUACUACUACCAACUAUCAAAAAGUUGAAGAACCUUCAGUCUAUGGAGAUUGCAUGGUUUUGUGCUUGAUUUUAUCCUCCUGUUAGCAGUGGCUGAAACCUCUGAACUCAAUAAUGAGGAGAGGUGUCCACAUACUUUAAGCCACAUAGUGUAUUUAUGAACUUAUAAACAGUAAAAUUAAACUUUUAUGUUUUAUGUCAGUUGCCAAGAAGGGUUUACGUAGGUGUCAUGCAGCCUUUUGAGCACUGCCCCACAGUGUAAAGUGUUACCCAUAUUUCUCUGUAUUUACUCUCUUAUUUCUAUUACAUAACUAUGUUGCAUAAGUCUUAGGCACAUGUGUACAUACGUGUAGCAGUUGUUUCAGUUUCCUUUUUUUAAACUGUUUUUAUGUUCAUCUUUUGUUUUAUUUGAAACCAAACCUACUGCUUUUGGAUUUAACUUGUGCUUCUCUUUUGUGUCAUGUUGUGAAUUUUAAUUGCUGUAUGAAGACUUUAUAUA